AUGCACGUAGCUGAGCAUACCCAACUUCCUGAUCGGUUGGAACUGUCGCCGCCAGAGGUGGCGUAUAUUUUAGAUUUGCAUAUUGCUAGUUCAAAUAAUUCACAUGAGGAAAGGCCAUACACCCACGUGACAGUGACAUCCGAUGAAGAAGAACAGAGUAAGAAAAGAGAAGUUUUCACAGCCAACUUGAACUCUAAGCUGACAGAGUUAACAGACGCACCGGUAGACAAGAUUGAGAGCAUCGACAAGAAACUGCAGCAGACACAGCUGGAACAAGAAGAACUUCACCGACGAAGAGAGAAUCUCAUUCGAGAUCAAAACAGGAUCAUUCAGAAAUCAGUUCAAGACAUAUCUACUAUACCUUCUACCCCUGAGAAACCUCCCUUACACGCCAGACCAAAAAUCACAAAUCAGAACUACAGACACUCUAUGCCAAACUUAUUACUAAACGAGAACUACGUUUCCAUUCCUCCCGCUGUUUCUGAGAGGCAGAUGGAGGGAGAAAGAGUAGUAGAUGAGAAGAGAAAGCCUUUCGUUUCUGAGGAGCACACACACACAGCACAGCCUUUGAGAGUACCCCAGCCGAGCGAUGAUAAUGAAUAUGACUUGGCUGUCAUACCUCCUGAUCCAAGUGCAUUGACUGAUGAAGAGGAAGGUGCUGACGAGGAUAUGGCGGCGUGUUUGAUACCGCAAGAUGUACCUGGUACUAUUGAAGUAUUUAUGAAUCGAGAGGGUAGUGGUGACGAAGAUAGUGUGUACGACAGACACAGAACAAGAUCUAUCUACUCCGAACCCAAAAUUUCGGAGGUACUCCGCUUCGAAAGAGAACUUCUCCAGCUGGAACAAGAAGAACUUCACCGACGAAGAGAGAAUCUCAUUCGAGAUCAAAACAGGAUCAUUCAGAAAUCAGUUCGAGACAUAUCUACUAUACCUUCUACCCCUGAGAAACCUCCCUUACACGCCAGACCAAAAAUCACAAAUCAGAACUACAGACACUCUAUGCCAAACUUAUUACUAAACGAGAACUACGUUUCCAUUCCUCCCGCUGUUUCUGAGAGGCAGAUAGAGGGAGAAGGAGUAGUAGAUGAGAAGAGAAAGCCUUUCGUUUCUGAGGAGCAUAUGCAGAGGCAUUUCGGUGUGGAGGAGAGCAGGAGGCUUCUGUAUGAAGGCAAGGAUUUUAGGAGACAGCCUUUGAGAGUACCCCAGCCGGUAUUGCCUCCGAAACCGAAGAGUCGGGAGUCGACUGAGAGGGAGAUCACUAUGAGGUUAGUGUUUAAUUAUUUUAUUUGUUCAGUCUAA